ACAAACAGUAGUUUGAGUAAGCUUCCAAAAGAAAAAAAUCAUCCGUAGGUAGCUAGAUGGUUAGAUUCAUGUUUCGUGUCGCAGUCGACAGACUUCAUCAAAAAGAAACACAUUUGGGUUUAUUCUUUUAAGAAAACUGAAUUUUAUUGAGGAGUUAACUGCCCGUAAGCGUUGUAACCAUUUGUUGUUAAGAAUACUCUUCUCUGCCUGUACUGAAGUAGCUAGCGAGCUAGCUGGCUAGUGUAGCGCUGGUGAAACUGAUGCUCCGGGACCAGCAAGCUAGCAAUGACGCUUCUGUUUUUCUAUGCCUAACGUUAGCCGAAGUCGGACACUGAUGCGAUGUGUUUGGGUGAGAGGGGGCAAUCUUCUGAAUCGCGCCUACUUGAGAUAGGAGGCUCGGGUCGCAAAAACGGAUCAAUUUAACCUAAACUAAAAGCUACCAAAAGUGGCCUAUGUGUCACUUUUCAAGCGCAUGAGAGACUCCUGGAGUAUCGCAAGGUAGCUAGCAAGCUAAUGUAAGCACCGCGAACGACUUGUUGGGUCAUUUUUAAAACAAUAAUUACAUGGUAGCUAGCCAGCUAAGACGCGUAGUUGACAGACUCGAAUAACAAACAUAUUUGGAAUUAAAAGCCGAAAAUAAGAGAAAGUGUAAACAAAAACAUGUCGAGCCAGGUGCUGCUCCUUUAGAGAGACGUUUUGGGGGAAUCUAGCUGCUAGCUAGCCAGCUAGCUAGCUAGUUCACUGCCGAGACAAAGCAUGCGAGUUAGCUAGGUAGCUAGCUAACAGUGCCGAGAAGACAAACAACAGAGCAAAAAUGAUACCGACUUGAGGUUUAAUACCAGCCCUGGGCUGUCUGUCUUUGUUUCGUCAAUUUGUCCGUUUUUGUGGUUGUUUGUUCCGCGCCGUGUUCACAUUGUCAGCUAGCUAACUAGCUAGCUUGUUAGCAACAUAGCGCCUGAGAGCUGGAGCACUUGCUUGCUACCUGGCCAAAAUCAGAGAGAGCUACGUUAGCAAGCUCCCCCAAAAAUUGUUAGCUAGCCUGCUAUCUCCUUCUGACGGAUAACGUGGCUUAUCUUGUUCGCGAAGUGGCUAUGUUAGCAAGUUGCAGUUGUCUGAAAUAUCUUAUCUUGGGAAAUCGCAGAAAAACAUUGUUCACUUAUCAAUACGUAUGUGCUAGGUUUACUGGAUGUAAAGUUUAGGUGGCUAGAAGUGACAGGCAGCGUAGCCUACAUUAUUUCUGAUUUUGUGUGAUAGGUUAGUUAAUUCAGAAACAUUGAGUCUGAUGCUUAUGUAGCUAGCUAGUAUUUAGAGUAUAAGUCGAAUAGAGAAGUUUCUUGAAAGGAAGACAAACUGUAUUUCCGAAUAUUUAGAUAGGUAGGGUUUGAUCUAAGAAUUUAGCUGACAGGAUUACAUACAGAAUACAUCUGGUAGUGGGACACUGAAGAAGGACUUAAUUUGCAGUUGUAGCCAGCUAGAAAUGAGAAGAUGAAUAGCGAGGAGCAGGUCCUAGAUUUCUGUAAUGCCAAAACGAAGAAAAAUAUCAAUGAAGAUUCUACAGACUGCGCGGAGGAAAUCAUACCUCGGAAUACUGUUCAAAUGAUGGAUGGAGACGUGGUUAAACUAGGUGUUGAAACGCAGGCCGUAGGCACCCCUGUGCUAGCCGAGCUAAAUGACAGGCAAGGGGGUGACGAAGAGGAAAGCGCCGGAGAUAGUUUGGAGGCUGAAGAAGUAAAUGGGAACGAGAACAGCGGGGCGCCUUGCGCAUCUCAGACUGCAAGCUCCGAUUUGGAUAACGGUUCCAGUGACCACCGCUGCCAUGAGAGUAACCCCGACUCUGGACCACCAGAAUCCACGUUUUUCACGGGGGAUGUGGGCAUUGGUGGAGAUAUGGAUGUCGGUGUGGAUUUGACUUUAGAUGAAAGUGGCGUUUUGGAACCCGAGCCGCAGCCUCAGGAAGGUGGCCAGAGCCAAGAGGGGAGUGUUCCAAACGUGUCCAGCCUGGCUGCAGAUGCCUUGGCCCAGGGCACCGACACAGAGGAAUCUGAGAGGCCCUUGAACAAAGAAGAGGACAGUUUGCCCUCAGAGUUACCUAAAGUGGAGGCCAGUUCUCCUGUCUCAGGCCUUAAUGAGUGUGAGAAACAUAAACACGGGGCUAAGAGGGUGACUUUCCCCUCCGACGAAGACAUUGUCUCAGGAGCAGUGGAGCCAAAGGACCCCUGGAGACACGCCCAGAACGUGACGGUGGAUGAGAUCCUCUCCGCCUACAAGCAGGCCUGUCAGAAACUCAACUGCAAGCCCAUCGCCAAACUGCUGAAACAGAUACAGGAGCUGAAAGAGCUGACUCAGCGGAAUGAGUGCCUGGACCUCAAAGGCGAGAAGCUGGACUACAAGGCGUGCGAGGCCCUUGAGGAGAUCUUUAAGCGGGUCCAGUUCAAAGUGGUGGAUCUGGAGCAGACCAACCUGGACGAGGAUGGGGCGUCCGCUCUCUUCGACAUGAUCGAGUACUACGAGUCGGCCACCCAUCUCAACAUCUCCUUCAACAAGCACAUCGGCACCCGCGGCUGGCAGGCCGCCGCCCACAUGAUGAGGAAGACGAGCUCCCUGCAGUACCUGGACGCCCGGAACACCCCCCUGCUGGACCACUCGGCCCCGUUCGUGGCCCGGGCCCUGCGCAUCAGCGGCAGCCUGGCGGUGCUGCACCUGGAGAACGCCGGCCUCACCGGGCGCCCACUCAUGCUGCUGGCCACGGCUCUGAAGAUGAAUAUGAACCUGCGGGAGCUCUACCUGGCCGAUAACAAGCUGAACGGCCUGCAGGACUCCGCGCAGCUGGGGAACCUGCUCAAGUUCAACUACAACAUCCAGAUCCUGGACCUGCGCAACAACCACAUCAUGGACUCUGGGCUGGCAUAUGUGUGCGAGGGUCUGAAGGAGCAGCGUAAAGGCCUGGUCACCCUGGUCCUCUGGAACAACCAGCUAACACACAAUGGCAUGGGGUACCUGGCUGCUGCUCUCCCCUGCAUGCAAAGCCUGGAGACCCUGAACCUGGGCCACAACUCGGUGGGCAACGAGGGCGUCCACAAGCUGAAAGACGGGCUCAUCGGGAACCGCUCGGUGCUCCGGCUGGGCCUGGCCUCCACCAAACUGUCCUGCGAAGGCGCGGUGGCGGUGGCGGAGUUCAUCGCGGAGAGCCCCCGGCUGCUCCGGCUCGACCUGCGCGAGAACGAGAUCAAGACCGGCGGUCUGAUGGCCCUGUCCCUGGCCCUGAAGGUCAACACCUCCCUGCUGCGCCUCGACCUGGACCGCGAGCCCAAGAAAGAGACCGUGAAGAGCUUCAUCGAGACACAGCGCGCCCUGCUGGCCGAGAUCCAGAACGGCUGCAAGCGCAACUUCAUCCUGGCCAAAGAGAAAGAGGAGACUGAGCAGAAGAUGCGCCUGUCCGCCUCCAUGCCAGAGAUCACGGCCGGGGAGGAGGAGGACCCAGAGCAGGCCGCUGCGGGCGCGGCCGGAGAGGGCCAGCAAGCCGGCACCGAGGAAGGAGAGGAGGGGACAGAGGAGCGGAAUGAAAAUGAGCAAGGAGGGAGCCAGGAGGAGGAGGAGGAGGAGGAGACACCUAGUGGCCUUGCGGAGUCAGACUCCGAUACAGAUGAGGAGGAGGAGGAGGAGGACACGGUGGUGGGAGCCACAGCAAGCCUAGCGAAGGCCCCCCCAGCUCCCCAGCCCAGCGUUACCCCCCAGCCCCACUGCGCACCGCAGAUGCCACCGCCUGCCGUCCCGGCCUCACCUGCGGGACCGGCCGCCGCCUCGGGGAUCACGGUUUCGGAAUCCCCUGUGCCUCCAGGCACUCCGCCGUCGCCCGGCAGGUGCAUCUCGGUGUCGAGCCCGGGAAGGGGGCAUAAAAUCUUCAUGGUGACCCGAGUGGAGAGCCCACCGGAACAGCAGCAGCUGAGGAUUCCAGAAAAGAAGGAGCCGGAGAAGCAGCAGCAGCAGGGGACAGGGCAGCCCUUGGCCCAACCACAGGUGGUACCAGCUCCUGAGAAACAAACAGCAUCUCCACAGACACAGACACCACCAACACAAGAGGUUAGUCAGAGUCCCAAAGAACCACAGCAGCAGCAGACUGUCCAGCCACAGGCAGAACCUAGUCAGGGGCUUAAUCAGCAAGUGGCUGUAGAGAAACAGUCACAUUCAACCGUCGUGCAGGAGGCGGAAGGGAAGGAGCAGCAGGACAAGGAAAGGGUGGAGGUGAAGAAACAGGAGCCGCAGCUGGAGGAGACACAGAAAAAACAGGAACUGUCCCAAACAGACUCAGAUCUGCCUCAGAAGGAACAGCAACUGUCCCAGACAAUUACAGAGCUGCUUCAGGUAGAACACGAACUGUCCCAGGCAAACAAAGAGCCACCACAGCUGGAAAAGGAUUUAUCCCAGGCAGAAACAGAAGCGCCUCUGAUAGAAAAUAAGCUGUCCCAAACAAAUACAGAGCAGCCUCAGCAGGAACAGAAACUGUCUCAAACAAGUACAGAGGAGCCACACGUGGAACAAGAACUCUCCCAGACAAACAAAGAGCCGCCGCAGGUGGAACAGGAACCGUCCCAAACAAACAAAGAACUGCAGAUGGAUUUGGAGCUACCCCAAACACACUCUGAGGUGGAACAUGAACUUUCCCAAACAGACUCCGAGAGGUUGCAGGAAGAACAGAAACUGUUGCAAACAAACCCAGAGGAGACGCAAACAGACCAGAAACUGUCCCAAACAAACAGUGAACAGGUGCAGAUGGGAGAGGAGCUGCCCCAAACGAAUUCAAAGGAGCUGCUCCAAACAAACACACAGCUACACACAGACCAGAAACUGUCGCAAACGAACACAGAGGAGCAGCAGGUGGUACAGGAACUGUCGCAGACCACCGCGGACCAACACAAGCUGCAGUCAGGGCAGGCCCAGAAACUGCCCCGGACAAACCCAGAGAGGCUGCAGGAGAAACGAGAACUGUCCCAGACAAACCCAGAAAAGCUGCAGGAGGAACGGGCACUGCCCCAGACAAACCCAGAGAGGCUGCAGGAGGAACGGGAACUGCCCCAGACAAACCCAGAGAGGCUGCAGGAUGAGCAGGAACUGUCCCAGACAAACCCAGAGAGGCUGCAGGAGAAAUGGGAACUGUCCCAGACAAACCCAGAAAAGCUGCAGGAGAAACGGGAACUGUCCCAGACAAACCCAGAGAGGCUGCAGGAUGAGCAGGAACUGUCCCCAGCCAACACACCGGAGCUGCAGUUAGGGCUGGACCAGCAACGCUCGGAAACGGACAAAGAGCCGCUGCGGCAGCCACAGCCAAAGGAGAAUCGGGCAGAGACUGAGCGGCCGAGCCCAGUGGCGGAGCAGCGAGCGGAUGAAGCACGACAGCUCUGUCAGGAACCAUCGCUACAGCCGUCACACCCGGAGCUGCAGGAGGAGCAGCAGCAGGCCUCGCUGGAUCUGCAGCCAACGGUGACCCCUCCCGGGUCCUCACCAGCCACACUUCCUCCAGGGACAGUGCAGGAGGAGGCCGCUAAAGAGAGUCCCCACGCGGAAGCGGACCGUGGCUCCGCGUCCGCGGCGGUGGGGCGGGCGGACGACCUGGUAGACUGCGUGCUGGGGGAAACCGAUAGCGCCACAGUAGCGUCCACCCUGCCCAACGGUCUGAAGCCCGAAUUCGCCUUGCACCUGCCGGACCCUGAGGGGCCCAAGCCUGGUAGCUGUAUUGUAGAGCAUGUGAGCGUGGCGGCGGAGCUGAGCUGUGGGCAGGACCUGGAGGAGCUGCUGCGUGAGGCAAGCCUGGAGACGGGGAGAGAGGCGCCGUGACGCUGACGGGGUCCUUCAGGCCAGAGGAACUCAGUGUCCUGGGUCAUCCUCAAAAUUUGCCCGCUUAGCUUGUAGCUCCUUUAUUUUUUUUUUUUUUUGUCUCCCUCAUCACUCUUACAACCCCACCACCUUCUACAUAUGAAGACUGAAGUGCUAAAGAGUUUUUCACGUAAAAAAAUUACUCAUAGUAAUAAAUCAAUAAAAAAGGAAAUAAAGAAACACAACUUUAACGUCACCGCAACCCAUGCAUCCGCUGCAGCCGCUAGGACGCUCGUGAAACAUUGCAAAGAACAACUGUGGAAUAGCGUAUGAAAGGAAAGGAUCACGCUCGUGUAUAUCACUACAUUCCCUCUACCGAGAUACCAGAGGAUCAGCUGGUGCCGGGAGGUCAACAGCAGGAUGAGAGAGAGUGAGACAGAGAGAGGAGGUGGAGGGAGAGGAAGGUAUCCAACCAAAGACCUCCGCACCCUCCGCUCCAUCCCUCUCUGCCUCUGCCACAGUGUGUAGGACUGUGUCAGCGAGAGUGUGAACAGACACAGCUCACCUGGACGCUGCCCCCUCAUGGACUCUGGAAUUAUUGCAAAGGGGAGAGGGUGAACCUGCGAUGAAGGUUGGAUGUCAGUUCUGGACCAUAUGUAAGCCCUGCGGUGGAAUUCUCCUCCCACCUGUAGGAGUCACCAUCAUCGAUUGGCCUGCUAGAUAUCACUGGGUUUAGUUCCCCACUGAAAAAGUUCAUCAAAGAAGGAAAGCCUGAGCAGCAAUCAGAAGUGUUGAAGGUGUACAGACCGGCCCCCUCGUUGCCCCCACCACCAAGGCAGGACAGAGUGCAUACUGGGACUAGACGACCUCCACACAGGGGAGGUCUGUUCCGCUGAAAUCACGUGCCCUGUUGAUAACACAGGCCAAACUGAUCAAGAUGCGAUACCAUCAUUGAGAACACCCAGGGGACCUCUAGACCCUCGGGACAAGUUUUGUCGCAGAGGGGGAGGUUGCAAUUCUCUGUAACACUAAUUCUACUUGGACAGACUUCAAAGGCAAAUGAGUACCCAAAUCAAAGAAGAAACGCAAGAGACUUUCUGAUCUUCGAUUUACAAAAUCAUAUUAUCUCAUUCUUUUGUUUUCUUCGUCACGGAAUUUCCCAGACUGCAUCUCUCUGCUCCCUGCCAUCACUGACCCUGGCUGUGGCACUUGUAGGGGAGGCUUUCGGUGUGCGUACAUGAGGCGCAAGGAAAAACGGACGUGGACAUGCCAUUGCUCCUCACCUCAACAGCAUUGAGCCCUAUGCGAAAGAAACGAGAGGUCUCCCCUAGCUACGGCUGCGUGGCGCAUGUGUACUGUAGCAUGUUUGAUCUUGUUCUGUUUGUUUUCUCCAUCACUGACUGCAGUCAAAACUGAAGAGAGCGGGAUGUUCUGGAACUAGUGUAGCUAAACAUCAGAAAAAAAAAUAAAAAAAAAAAUAAGGCAGAUUCAUGUUGAAAAAGAUCAUUUGUUCAAACUGUAAAGAUAAUCAAACCCUCUCAUAGCUAUGCAAGUUCCUGCCUAGCCCCCAAACCCUUUAUACAAAAGGCAAAUUGUAAAUGUUAAAUCAAAGCAAAGUUUGACCAAAAUAAAAGUGACCUUUGUUUUAUUGGACCUCUACUUCAAAAUGUCUAAUCGGAAUACAGCAGUUUCCCAGAAAGCCAUUCAUCCCCGCAUCAAAUUGACGUUACAUGUAGCUUUCAUCAGUAACAAGCCUGUGGGCUGUAAUUUCAAAAGGAUAUUUUCACAGUAUGUAGCAAGUGUUCGUGUUUUCUGGAGUCUCAGUGACCUUCAGAGGAAAAGACACCCUUCAGAGAAAAAUUGAGACGCAACAUUUUUUAGGCCUCAUCAGUCAUAGGGUGGGGAUCAUGGGUGAAACUUUGAUAAACCUGCCAUAAAUGUAGAGUCUAGUAACACUGCUGUAUUUUGUUUGUUUUAUUUUUAGUUGCUUUUUUUCUAAUUGAAUCUGCCUUCCCGAUUUUCUGAUCUGCUGUGUAUCUCAUUUUAUUUUUAUUUAUUAUGAUUUUUGUCUUGUGAAUGAGGAUACUUUGCUCUGUUCCCCGCACUGGGAUAAACUAUGAUAACAAUGAUAGUAAUAAACUAGGUUAAAGGUGAGACAAAAAGUUUAAUAUAUUUCAUUCUGUUUAUUAGGGAACUGGCUUUA